AGGCUGACUGGAAUCAUGAUCGACUACGAGCGUCCCUCUCCAUUAGGCUUCGAGCAAGCUGGGAGGAGUGUGAUGGUUCCUGAGCUCCCUGCACACACACACACACACACACUGACAGCCAUGCCUCAGAGAUACUCCCACCAAAGGAGGAAAGCCAGCACUGCAGCUGCUAGGAGGAUGGAAAGAAGACGCAGGGAUCAGGGGAGAAGCAGCAGCAACAACAACAGCCCACCCAGCAGCCACAACCAGCGCUCCAGGAAACUCGCCAUGCUCUCCAGGUCUCUGAUCCUGUGUCACUCUAAGACCAAUGACGAUUGUCUAGAAGAGAGGCAUGCUGGGGAAGUGUCACAUGGGUGCAGGACGUGGGGUCCGGGGGGCAGGACAGACAGGACCAUUGGGGAUCAAACACAGUACAGAGACUCAGAAGAUGGACACUGGAGGACAGCUCUGGAGGGGAGAGGAGGCACUGAGGCAGACCACAGCGUCACACUCAGGGAAAAUAAAAGGAGCCUCAGGAGGUCAUUCAGCAUCAAGGAGAGCAGUAUCUGGAAGAUGUGUGUAGCCACAGGGCGCGCUGAGGAGGUGUGUGGGCCACACACAGCUGAUAACAGUGUCCAGACAGAAGACAAAGACCCUAAUGUGCCAGGGAGGAAUGGAGAGAACACACAAAGACGCUGCAGCUUCCUGAGCCCAGACAAGCUGGCUCCCUUUAACGGACACUUCCUAAAUGGCAGUACUUGGAUAGCAGGGGAGGGGAUGAGGAGCAUUCACAUAAAAGCCUUCAGUGAGGACAUUUCCACAUGUGAAGACGAUCUCCAUUCACACAGUCUGAAUACAAGCCCACAGCACCCGGCUCUCACCCCACACUCUGAUCCUUUGUGCCUGCCUGGAUACACAGAGGGGGAACUGAUGGCCAACAACAACCACCUCAAGUUACCCAUCCCAGAAGUGAACGAGGACAGAUGCUGGGACACAGAGAAGCAGAAACCACCAGGACCGACUGUCAAUUCAACCGGUGUUCACCCUUACUGGAUCGGAGAUCUGGACAGCAUCAUCAUGAAAAGUCCCGAGCUGUAUCCCAUUAAUCCCCACGGUAACGGGGGUUUAUAUGGAAACAGGAAGUCCCUGUCCCAGCAGCUGGAGUUCUCUCACACCACUACACAACCUGUGCGCCCCUCCCGCUCUCUCAGCUCUGCUCAGCUGGUUCACUCCUGCAGUAACGUGCAGGCCUUCAUCAUCUGUAACGUGGUGCUGAUGAAGGGCCACGGCAAGGGCCUGGGCUUCAGCAUAGUGGGGGGCAGGGACAGCAUGUAUGGACCGAUGGGGAUCUAUGUGAAGACCAUUUUCCCUGGGGGGGCAGCAGCUGCUGAUGGAAGACUGCAGGAAGGGGAUGAGAUCCUGGAGCUGAAUGCAGAGUCUCUGCAUGGUCUGACUCAUGAUGAAGCGCUGCACAAGUUUAAACAAAUCAAGAAAGGGCUGCUGACUCUGGUGGUGAGGACAAGCCUGAGGGGGGGUGCGAUGGGUGGUCAGGAGGCUCAGCUCUGCAGGUCACGCUCCCUCAGCUCCACCUCCGGCCUGGCCCGGGUCAGCGCAGACGUGACCGACUAUCACUACCUGAACAGCAGCUGCAGCAACACACCGAGCGCCCCGGGGCCCGCUGCGCCCGGGGACCGCAUCGUCAUGGACAUCAUCCUGCACAAAGAGGUAGGAGUUGGUCUCGGUAUCGGGCUCUGCUGUGUUCCAUCUGGUGACGGCUGUCCUGGGAUCUACAUCCACACCCUCUCUCCUGGAUCAGUGGCACACAUGGACAGCAGACUCAGGUGUGGGGAUGAGAUCAUGGAGAUCAACGACACAGUGGUUUACAACAUGGCGCUGAAUGAUGUGUACACAGUGCUGAGCCAGUGCGCUCCAGGUCCGGUCCACAUCAUCAUCAGCCGACACCCCGACCCCAAAGUGUCAGGGCAGCAGCUGAAUGAUGCUAUCGCUCAGGCGGUGGAAAACAGCAAGCUGAGAAAGGAGAAGAGCCAGUGGAGUAUUGAUGCCCCAGGUCUACGCAGACUGGAGCCCUGCUCUCACAGUCGGCAGAGGUGUGAGCGUUGUCUGCAGAGGACUUUCAGUCAGAUGACCGUUCGACGAGCACAGAAAACCAUGACCCGCUCCUGCAGCGACAACACCAGCAGCUCCCACCAAAAUCACUGCCUCACCAUACACCUCCUCCACAACACACACCAUCACCCCUCCGCCCGCGUCCAUAGCCUGGACACACCCAAGUCCAUGAGAGAGACGUGGUCUGACAACAGGCUGUCAGUGCCUGUGUAUCCCGAUGAAGACUACAACGUCCCCUACAACGCUGCUGCUGCUGCUGCACACCUGUCCAAUCAGCACGCCCUGGACCUGGCCCUCAGGGGCAACAAGUCCACCUGUAGGGUGCGUGCUGCUCCCCACCGGUACUGCUGGCCUCAGGAUGUGACUAGUGAGGAGGGCUAUAACGGAGACUCCAGCGGCUCCAGUGGGGGAUCCCCUGUCAGAAAUGAAGGGCUGGAGUCAUCCUCACACAGCAGCUGUCAGCAGGAAGGAGAACGAAUAAGAGAACUCUCAGAGGGGACCACUGCCGCCUGCACCAGCAACAGACUACACUCAGACCCCCCCGCCGUGCUCUGCUCCCAGCCAAAGAGAGGAGCUCUGAGGAGACAGCCUCACAUCGACCAAAACACCCAAGCACACAUUGAGGACCCCUGGGUUCGCCUUACAGACAUUUCCCCUGAAGGGCUGCCCGAGCUCCACCACCACCCCGGACCCCCCGCUGCAGACAGAACACACCCCCGCACCAUGAGCGACGAGGAGAACACGCUCGAGGUUAACGGCACACAUGCAGAUGUCCCUUCAGAUCCUCCGUCCGAUAUGACACCCGAGAACACAUGUGAACCUCCGGGAGCAAAGACGGCCCCCCCGGUGGCCCCCAAGCCAGCCUGGUUUCACCAGAGUCUGAGGAAAAUCCGGAAUGAGCAGGGCCAGAAGAAGCAGGAUAAACCCGCAGAGGUGAGGUCUGCAGGGGGCUUCACCAGGAGCUACGGGGGCAGAUCCGCCUCAUCUUCAGCCAACCUGUCAAUCAAACAGAAGAUCCACUCCUUUGAGACCUUUUCCAGUCCGGAGGUCUCAGAGAAGGGGGGGAGCAGGAGACCCUCAGCCACCUGCACUUCCACCGCCACCUCCACCCCUCUUCCUGUGGAGAAGAGCAGGAGUCGCCCUGCCUCACAUGGAGACAGUGGGUGGGGCCAACAUGAAAUCCCAGAAGAGAUCCAGGAAAACACAUGUGACAGCGAGCCAGAGAACCCCUCUGUCUUCGCUACACCUUCUGCUGUCCCCUCCUUCAAUUUUGAAGCGUGCAGUCAAUCAGCCUCUGGAGAUGAGCCCCCCUCUACCCAACCCCCAACACAUCUGCCUCUCUGUGACAGCGCUGAUCUGCACUCAGGGACACAUGAUGGUCCUCCAUUAGCUCCUUCCACUCAGGAGUCUGAGGGAGAAGUGGAUCUCACCAGCUCCACCCAGAACACAGUCUCCCCCACGGCCACAUCCAUGAGAUCUCAAGAGGAGGGAGAAAGCCUUCCAGAGGAGGAGGAUGGAAAGCCUCUGAGCCCCACCCUGAGUGCUGCUCCUCCUGCAGGCAGCAUCCACCAGAAAGGCCUGGAGGAGGAGAGCUUAGGAAAGAUCCUCGCCUUCAGUAACCAGGUCUCCCAGGCAUUGAUGCGCUCUCACAGCUACCUGCAGCAGCCCUCAGCGGAGAGCGACCCUGAGGAGAGCGAGCAGGACAGCAGCGACAGAGGCUUCUCUGUCAGCUUGGCCACACUGAGGGAGUGCACCAUUGAGCGAGGGGAGGGGGGGCAUCAUGACGAGGCAGCGGGCUCCUCUGCUUCUGCUCACUCUGUCAUCUCAGCCAUCCCCUCACAGGAAAUACAGACGAUGAUCCAGGAAGUCAAAACUCUGGACGAAGAGACGCUGAAGCAACUGUUGGACAUCCAUGUGGUGAUUCUGCAUAAAGAGGAGGGGGCUGGGCUGGGCUUCAGCAUCGCAGGGGGGUCUGACCUGGAGAGCAAGGCUCUGACAGUCCACAAAGUGUUCCCCAGUGGCCUGGCGGCUCAGGAGGGAACCAUCCAGAGAGGAGACGAAGUGCUGUCUAUAAAUGGACAAGCACUGCGUGGCGUCACACACACUGAUGCCACCAACGCCCUGCGUCAGGCCCGCAGUCUGCAGCUGGCUGUGGUGGUGGUCUGCAAGAGAGCAGAAGAGGGGGCGGGAGAGGGGGACGACUGCAGGACUGAAGAGCCCCGCCCUGCAGUGGAGGAGCAGGGCGCUCCCCUGACCGUGGAGCUGCAGAAAGGAUCUGCAGGAGUGGACUUCACUCUGGAGGGAGGGAGAGGCUCCAUCCACGGAGACAGACCUUUAGUCAUCAACAGGAUCUUUGCAGGGGGGGCCGCGGAGCAGAGUGGGCUGCAGCGGGGGGACGAGCUGCUGCAGGUGCAGGGAAUCAGUCUGCAGGAUAUGACCCGCUUUGAGGCCUGGAACAUGAUCAAGAGUCUCCCUGAGGGAGUCAUCACUAUGGUCCUCAGGAGGAGGCCGGACGGGGGCGAGUGACACACAGCUGCUGGAACAUGCUUACAAAUGAAAGAAGAAACUAACAAUGGUGCUGAGGCAGACAGGUGUAGACUUCUAACAUAUCAGGUAUCAUUCAGUGUGAACUUCGAAACGUUUAUAUUAUUUUUAUAUCCCUUUUUCUGAUCUGAUUUGAAAGUUUAUUACAUCAUAAGUUCACCCAAAUACCCCCAACUAGCCAUGUGUCUCUUAUUGACAAUAAUCUACAGAGGUGACUGUCAUUGUUUUCCUUUCAGCAGCAAUGCUAGCUAACGUUAGCUUCAGAUCUGUGGAUUAUCCUGCAUCCUGCUGUUGUGUGUACGGUCUUAUCCAAAGCCAAGCCAGUGUCAUGGGGAAACAAGAGGAAGUAUUUGUGUACAAAAAUAAAGAAAUAAUGCUCUCACAUUCA